GUUUUGGAAAUCGGCAUGUUUUCCAGUAAGCUGGAAAGCUUUGCUCACACUGUCCCUUUUCCACCAACGCAUCGCUUGACAUCUGAAGAAGUGUUUGACACAGAUGGAAGACCAAGAGUUGACAUUUUGAAGAACCAUUUGAUAAAAGAAGGUCGAGUGGAUGAAGAAAUUGCACUUAGAAUCAUCAAUGAGGGUGCUGCAAUAUUACGGAGGGAAAAAACUAUGAUAGAAGUUGAAGCUCCAAUUACAGUGUGUGGUGAUAUUCAUGGCCAGUUCUUUGAUCUAAUGAAGCUGUUUGAAGUGGGAGGAUCACCUGCUAACACAAGAUACCUCUUCCUCGGUGACUAUGUAGACAGAGGUUAUUUUAGUAUAGAGUGUGUGCUGUACUUAUGGGUCCUGAAAAUUCUCUAUCCAAGCACAUUAUUUCUUUUGCGAGGCAAUCACGAAUGCAGACACCUAACAGAGUAUUUUACCUUUAAGCAAGAAUGUAAAAUAAAGUACUCAGAAAGAGUCUACGACGCUUGUAUGGAAGCUUUUGAUUGUCUCCCUCUUGCUGCUCUUUUAAAUCAACAGUUUCUUUGUGUUCAUGGUGGACUUUCACCAGAAAUUAAUACACUAGAUGACAUUAGGAGAUUAGAUAGAUUCAAAGAGCCCCCAGCAUUUGGACCAAUGUGUGACUUACUGUGGUCAGAUCCUUCAGAAGAUUUUGGAAAUGAGAAUUCACAAGAGCAUUUCAGUCACAAUACAGUCAGAGGAUGCUCAUACUUUUAUAGCUAUCCAGCAGUUUGUGAAUUUUUGCAAAAUAAUAAUUUGUUGUCAAUCAUUAGAGCACAUGAAGCACAAGAUGCAGGUUAUAGAAUGUACAGGAAAAGUCAAACUACAGGGUUCCCAUCAUUAAUAACAAUUUUUUCAGCACCUAAUUACUUGGACGUCUACAAUAAUAAAGCUGCUGUAUUAAAAUAUGAAAACAAUGUGAUGAAUAUUCGUCAGUUCAAUUGUUCUCCUCAUCCUUACUGGCUACCAAAUUUUAUGGAUGUUUUCACAUGGUCUUUGCCAUUUGUUGGAGAAAAAGUAACAGAAAUGUUGGUGAAUGUUUUGAGCAUUUGCUCUGAUGAUGAACUGAUGACAGAGGGAGAAGAUCAAUUUGACGUAGGUACAGCUGCCGCACGGAAAGAAAUAAUCAGAAACAAAAUUCGUGCGAUUGGCAAGAUGGCAAGAGUCUUCUCUGUUCUCAGGGAGGAGAGCGAAAGCGUGCUGACACUCAAGGGCUUGACUCCCACUGGAAUGUUACCUAGUGGAGUGUUGGCCGGAGGACGCCAGACCCUGCAAAGUGCCACUGUAGAGGCAAUUGAGGCUGAAAAAGCAAUACGAGGAUUCUCUCCGCAACAUAAAAUCUGCAGUUUUGAAGAAGCAAAAGGUUUGGAUAGGAUCAAUGAGAGAAUGCCACCGAGAAAAGAUGCUCUUCAGCAAGAUGGUAUUAAUACUAUAAACACCACAAAUGCCAAUGGAAACAAUGGGACUGGCAACAACAAUGCACAGUGACCACCUCCGCGCCCGGUUUCCUCCCUCCUCUCUUGCCUGAGAAUUCCUAAAAUUUACUGCUUUUUUGAUGUGACAACAGCCGGGAUCAGCCAGGGGGAUCCAUGGCUCCCAGUGACUACUUGUACCACCAGGUGGGGAGACCCUCCGGCUGGAUCCUCCUCCCCAAGACAGACCAUCCCAUCGUGGCGCUUUGGAGACAACAGCCCCUCUCUCCGACGUGGUGGCCCGACCUCCUGGGAGCGAGAGCCUCCUCCUCUUCCUCCUCUUCCUCUUCCUCCUCCUCCUCACCCCAGACCCCCAUCGCUGGCUGCCGGAGCCGCAGGAGAGAUCCGGGGAAAGCCCGGGGCUGUUCUCGCUGAAGCACACCUAGACUAGCGUCUUAUGCUUAUCGUUGUCAACACUUUUAAGUUUACAAAAAUGGGAUUUUUUUUUUUUUUUUUUUUUUUUUUUUUUUUUCAGUAGAGGUAGUUUGUUUGUUUGUUUUGUUGUUUUGUUUUUUUUUUUAAAAAAAAAAAAUCAGACUUUUAAGUACAACCCUAAGAGCUAACUAUUUAUUAACGGACAUCGGUUUCAUAAAAUGUCUUUAAAACGAUAGAUUAGAAUGGUCUUAAAAUAUCUGAGGCUGCAAAAAACUGUGUUUGAAAUAGACGGAAAAAAUGCCAAAAAAAAAUAUAAAAAAAAAUCUCAGUCGGUCGUUCUGUAAAAUGCUGACCUCAGGUUUACUCCUUAGAUGUUGCUAAUUCUAUAUUGUAUUCACUGUAUUUUUUAGUUACAGCUUAUCGGAAGAUUUCUAUGUAGGAAUGUUUAUUACUUGAACACAGAUUUAAAAAAGAAAAAAAAAUAUUUAAUUUAGAAACUUUUUUGCCCAGCUUUUUCAAGACUCUUCCCCACCUUGACUUUUAAAAAAAAAAAAAUAAAAAGUAAUUAUUAUAUAUACUAAUUUUAAAAGUAAGGAAAAUUAUGGAAGUGUUAAUUUUAAGGUACUUUUAAUUGAACUUUGUACAUUGUUUAAGUACAUUUUGAUUCAUAUCAAAGUCUGUAAAGCUUGGCAUUGUAUUUUGUGUAAUGCAUGUUUUCAUUUGGCAAAUAUUUAAUAUAUAGACCUACGAUGUACAUCUCUAGGUUACCUAGAUGUUAUUGGGUACUUUUAGUUUCUCGUGAGUAUUAGGGUUGCAUAAUUAGCUACUAAUCACUGGGCUGAUUGGCUGCGAGCUUCUGGUUUCUGUUCCAACCCGGGGAGGACCCUGAGACUGUGCGGGACGUCCCUUCUCUUUUCUUUUUUUUGUUCAGGCGAAGCAGCGUCGGCACUUGCUCUGUUCAACUGCUUGAGGCAUUAGUGAAAGUGUUAAACUCCAGACUGCAUGUAUUUUGGUAUCUACGGGACUGCUUGGUUACAAUAAUAAAAAAAAAAUAAUGGAAGCCCUGUGCUGAUUUGUUCCCAACCAAUGGACUGUACUGAUUGCCACUGUACUUUGCGAUAUAUUUUGACAUUUGCUACGUGUCCUUCUCGUCCCCUGGAACACAACUUGAAACUUCUGUCACUAGAGUUCAUCUCCCCUUUGGUUUUGGUUUUUUUUUUGGUUGGUUUUUUUAAUUAUUAUUAUUAAUAUUAUUUUUGUUUGCCAUAAAGUACAACCUGUACAUACCCCUCAGUUGGAAAUUUUAUGCAUGUUCUGAACUAUUCAAGUAUUUUAUAAACGGUAGCACACAAUAAAUUUUGUGCAUGGGCUGCGGCUCCUA